AUGAUUUGGACGAGUAAAUAAAUGAAAUCAAUUCAAUUAUGGAUAAACCAUAAAAUAAAGCAAUUUCAUAAUAAAACUAUCAACCAUAAUCAAAUCAAAAUUAAUAAUAAAAAAGAAAAUGUUUAUCUCCCCCAAAUUGGUAAUCAAUAAUAAUUUCGUAUAUGCACAAAUUUAAGAUGUCUAAAAUGUGAUCUCUAAGUUAAAUGUCAUAUAAAUUAAAAAUGGAAUAAAGAUACAGAUUAUUUAAUAUUAAGAAAUUAUUUUAAUAACAUGACAAUCUUAUAAAAGUAUUUAAUAGAGGAUUCUUAAUAUAAUGCAUAUAAUUGUUAAUGUACUAAUGUAAAUGCUAUUGAAUCCAUUGCUACACAAUAAAAUUGGGUGUGUUCAGGUCAUGUCAUUUGA